CUCCGAGGCUUCAGUCCCAUUCCAGCAGUUCAAUCAACCGGUUUGGUGUCCCACACUGUUAGCCCUCCAGCCGGUUCGUCAUUCGUCUUUUAGCGUACCUAAAUUAAUGGUUUUACUAGUGUCACUGUCUAUUUUACGGAACUAAUUUAAUAACCUACGUUCGUUCCCCACUCUUUAACGGAGGAGGAAUGGCUGUCUCAAAAAUUAAACAUUUGCUAGUGCCGCUCUGCAUACUACUUUGCAUUUCCGAAACACUGGCAACAACAUCCCCGGCGAUCGGCGAUGGUAUACGCACGAAUGAUUUACACAACCCGCAAAGUGGUAACGCCACAAACUCGCGGUUACCAUGCCCACCGGACACUGUCUGUGUGCGUUUGCUCCAGUGCCCGGAAGUCGAUCGUAUGUCCAUCGUUCGUUCCCUAUCCCGUCCGCCGCACCUUCGCCCGCCAAACGAACGUCGCUGGGAAAGUUCGGUUUGGCGUCGCUGUACGCUGCUGAAUGGCGAAUUUACUGGCAUUUGUUGUCCAUCACAUCCGGUCAUCGAUGUCAGCGGGGAAGAAUCGUCGUCCAAACUGUCGCUCCACGAACAGGAGAAAUUUUUAGAACAAGCUGAAAAAAUUGCACUUCAAGAGAUGCAAAAGUUCCUCGCCGAUGUUGGGAACGUGCCUGAAGAUAUGUCCACACAAAACACGCACUUUCACGCCGGUCAUCAUCCAUCGCUUCCGGACGAUGUUCUUUCGCCGGAACUGGUGCGGCAAGGCUUGCUGGAGGUGCUAACAUGGCAGGCCCUCGAGAUGAUCUCGAACGGAACGGUGGUGGUACAGCGAUUCCAACGCCCCAAGCGAUGUCUGGUGGGGCCACCGUGUGAGAAGAGCCACUCACGCUACCGACGUUUUGAUGGGCGUUGCAAUAACGUCGAGCCGGGCGGAAGUCUCUGGGGUUCGGCAGGAUAUCCGAUGGAACGGUUGCUUCCGCCAGCGUACGGUGAUGGCAUUUGGGCGCCACGGAUUGUUUCCUACACCGGUCGUUACUUGCCGUCGGCUCGUAAAUUAUCUUCCACGCUGUUUGCCGAUCUGCACCAUCCACACACGACCUGUAACGUGCUGCUCAUGCAGUUUGGUCAGUUUCUGGCGCACGAUUUCUCGCGCAACAAAGCAAUCAACACAAAGAGCAAGUGCUGCACUGAGGAUGGGUCUGGACGGGUGAAGGAUGCUUCACCCGGCUGCAUGCCAAUACCGGUGUCCAGUGGAGAUGAUUUCUACUCCCAGUAUGGGGUUCGAUGUAUACACUUCAUGCGUUCGGCGGUGGCGCCAAUGAGGGACUGCGAUUCCGUAGGUCAUGGAAGACAGUUGUCCGGCGUCAGUCACUUCAUCGAUGGGUCGGCAAUAUAUGGAGCUAGCAGCAAGCAGGCUCACGAGCUACGGGCACACGAAGGUGGACGGUUGAAGUCACUGUUUCACAGACGAUUUCACAACGAGUUGCCACCGCUCGAUCGCACCAAGGACGCUUGUGAUCCGGGUGCCGAAAUGUGCUUCCUUACCGGAGAUGCCCGAUCGAAUCAGCUGAUCUCCCUUGUAGCCGUACACACACUGUUCUUGAGGGAACACAACCGGUUGGCACGUCGUCUGCAACAACUCAAUCCACACUGGAGCGAUAAGACGUUGUACCAGGAGGCUCGUCGUAUCGUCAUUGCGCAGCUACAGCAUAUCGCUUUCGGAGAGUAUCUACCCAAAGUGGUUGGUCCACGGUAUAUAGCACUGUACCGGUUGCACUUGCCAACUGCUGGAACGUACAGUGACUUCUACAACCAUCACACGAAUCCUUCCGUAUCGAGCGAGUUUACUGUAGCGGCCUUCCGGUUCGGUCACUCUACUGUACCUUCGAAGCUGGAGCUGCACGAUGGCUCAGUGGAUACUUGGCGCACAUUCCUCAAUCCGACACGUUUCCGCGAGCGGCACUUCUACGACGAUCUUUUCGGAGCGCUGCAGCACCAACCGAUGCAGAGCGUAGAUGAGAUGUUUUCCACCAGCUUAACCCGCUUCCUCAACGUCAAACCCGGCAAACAGUACGGUGUCGAUCUGGCGGCCAUCAACAUCCAGCGCGGUCGGGAUCAUGCCGUUCGACCGUACAACGAUUAUCGACGGCUAGGAGGCAAACCCGGUGCUUACUCGUUCGAUGAUUUUGGAAUCGAGGUGGGCCAUAAGCUGCGCUCGCUCUACUCCCACCCGGACGAUGUGGAUCUGUACGUGGGCGGAAUUCUGGAACCACCGGUCGAGGGUGGUGUGGUGGGCGAAACGUUUGCCGAACUAAUAGCGGAUCAGAUUUCGAAGUUUCUGCAUGGCGAUCGAUACUUUUACAGCAACGGGCCCGAUACAAACCCGGGCCAUUUUACCGUCCAGCAGUUGAAGGAAAUUCAGCGCGUGACCAUGGCGUCGUUGAUAUGUGCCAAUGCGGGCGAUCCGCAUCGGAUGCACGUGUUACCGGAUGCGUUUGCUCUUCCGCACGAUGGCAAUCGGCUGGUGGAUUGUACGGCUCACGAGAUUCCGAGGUUGGAUCUGAGCUGGUGGAGGGAUUAGUUUAUGUUAGGUUUGUUGAAUACGUUUCCGCAUGAUGUAUGAUUUGUUUUUAUUGCGACGUGUUUGUACGCACGUUUGCUAUAUUGUUUGAAAUAUAGUGCAUUCCGUUUUCAGUUGUUU